AUGGCCCUCGACUUCAACUACACCUUCGGCCCCGAGGCUCACUACCUCCGCAGGCGGCGCAUCCUCGAGGUUCACCCUGAAGUCAGCCUUCUCAUGGAAAAGUCCUGGUUCGGCUACCUGACCUAUCCCCUGCUCUGCGCGCUAGUGCUGGGCGUGCAGCUGGGGUGCGCGUGGCUGGUACGGGACGCCGCCUGGUACGUGCUGCUGGGAGUGGCCUACUGCGUGGGGGGCACAAUAAACCACACCCAGUUCGUGCUGAUGCACGACCUCACGCACUUCACGGCCUUCGAGUCGAUCACAAUGAACAAGCUCUGGGCAAUUUUCGUCAACAUGCCGACCGGGAUCCCUUCAGCGAUCGCCUUCGGGAAACACCACGCCGACCACCACCGCUACCUGGGGGUGAAGGGGCUGGACCCCGACAUCGCGACGGAGGGCGAGGUGCAGCUGGUCGAGCGCAGCUGGGUCAAGAAGCUGCUCUUCGGGACCUUCCUGUUCGUGCCCUACGGGCUGCGGCCCCUGUUCGUGCACCCCAAACCCCCCUGCGCGCUUGAAGUGCUGAACAUAGUGACCGCCUUGGGGUUCGACUUGUGCGUGGGUCUGACCCUGGGGGUGCAGGCGGCUUGCUACAUCGUCCUGAGCACGCUCAUCUCGAUGUCGGUGCUGCACCCCUGCACUCUCCACAUCCUGGCCGAGCAUUACGAGUACGUCCCCGGCAUGGACACAUUCGACUACCUGGGUCCCCUCAACUACCCCAACCUGAACAUGGGCUACCACAUCGAGCACCACGACUUCCCGAUGAUCCCGUGGUUCAACCUGCCCCGGCUGCGGGCGGCAGCCCCUGAGUUCUACGAGCCCUUUCCGGUGCACACGUCCUACCUGCGGAUGCUGUUGCGGUUUGUGUUUGACCGGGGCAUCGCCCUCUGCACCCGUACCGUCAGAAAGCAGCCCCUGCAGAUGUGA